UGUGUGCUCAAUUAAGGCCACAGGCACAGAGUCGAGCGGUUCGUCGUGCACGGAGCGAAAUCAUUGCAGCGAGUGAGUGAGUGAGUGUCGCUGCAGCAUCAUUCAACAGGAGUGGCGCAUAAGUGAAGGCGAAUGCUUUUGCGCGUGCGCCAAAAACUAAAUGCAAUUAAUUCAUUUACUACAAUUAGUGAUCAGUGACAAUUGAUUUUGAUUUUGAUUUCAUUUUGUGCGCACUUUGAUUACCGACUAAAUGGAUUAACACUUGAACAACCUAUCAAAAAGAACUUUAGAAAGUGGUUUAUUGUGCGAGUGCGAGUACGAGUGUGUGUAUUUCUGACUGCGUCCCUUUAAAAUGGAGCACGCCACCUUCGAUGAUCAAAUCUUUGGUGACUUUAGCGGCGGCCCACUAAGUCCGUUGGGCGCCAGUAAACCAUUGCUUCCGACUUCCACGGCGACGGUCACUCACAGCAGCCUGCAUCCCGUGAUGCUGGGCAGUGUCGUUCACGAGCUGUGCAGUCAGCAACAACAGCGGCUGCCCGAUUGCAACACUAUUUUGCCAAAUGGUGGUGCCGGCGGCGGUGGCUCUGGGUCGCCCAACUAUGCGCAGAAAAUGGACUUUGGCAAUAAGCUGGGCUGCUUCUCGCCCAGCCAAAAAUACGAGUACAUGACAACGCCCCAGAAACUUGUGGACCAGCAGCAGCAACCACAGCAACAUCAUCAGCAUUAUGCCGUAACGCCGCCGCCUCCACUCUCGCAUUCCCACAACCACAAUGGCAUGCUGCACCACAAGCCAAACCAGCAACAGCAACAGCAGCAGCAGCAGCAACUGGUGGGCAUUAUGAACGACUAUCAUGCAUUAAAUGGCAAGUUGGAUUACUCGCCCAAGGAUCCGUACGAGCCUCAGCCGCAGCAUGUUCAGCUGCAGCACCAGCAGCAUUUGUACGGCGGCAGUCCGCAUCAUAGUCAUGCGCAUGGCCACGGCCAUGGCCAUGAGGAUGCCAGCAACGGCAAUGGCAAUGGAUUGCUGGAAGCGACACCGCUGUUACUCAGCAACACGUCAAAUGGCAAGCAUAAGAAACCGGAGGAUAUGUGCGUCCAACUGGAGAAUGGGUCGUCAACGCCGAAUGGCAUCAGCAAUGGCAAUCCCACCAGCAACGGCAACAGUGCCAGCAGCAACAACAACAACAGCAACAAUAAUAGCAGCAACAGUUCCGUUGGUCCUGCCACGACUGGAACGGGGUCGGCGAGCACAACGGUUGGUGGCGUUGUCGCUGUUCCAGCCGCCAAAAAAGACAACAACAAGAAGAAGGGCGAUCCCAAUGGCAUAAAAAAAAAGAAAACGAGAACCACCUUUACGGCUUAUCAACUAGAGGAACUGGAGCGAGCCUUUGAGCGUGCUCCGUAUCCGGAUGUGUUUGCUCGUGAGGAGCUGGCCAUCAAACUGAAUUUGAGCGAGUCGCGAGUGCAGGUUUGGUUUCAGAACCGACGGGCCAAAUGGCGCAAGCAUGAGCCGCCACGUAAGACUGGUUACAUCAAGACGAACACACCGCCGACGGCUGCGCUGAAUAGCUCAUUGGCUCCGCCUUUCGCCAGUUUCCCGCAGACGACAACGGUCACGCCGCCGGGCAGCAUGGACAGCUGGACGAGCUAUCAGACACCCUACGAGCUGAGCCCACAAUUUAGCCUACUCUCGCCGGCGGCGAGUCCCUAUGGCACCUAUUCCGGCCAGUACGGCACCUAUGUGCACGAGAGCCAGCUCUUUCCCAUGCGCCACUUUGACUACGGCAGCCCGCCGCGCAUCGAGAUGAACGGUACCGGCGGAGGCGGAACAGCCAGCGGCAAUCCAGAUACUGGCGAUGGCUACCAGACGACAGAUCUUCAACAGCAGCAGCAGCAGCAGCAGCAACAGCAGCACCUUGACGGGAGCACCAGCACCCAACUGAUUACUGUGCACCAGCAGUUGAAUGGAAAGUAUCUCAGUGCCGAGGAGGCUAAAUAUGUCCAGGUGCAGUGCCAACCGCCCACGGGACUGGAGGAGAACACAGCUACCUGCCACAUGGAUGGGCAUCACUAUGUGGCCGCGGGGACAGCUGCAUCCGGCAGCGAUGACAAUGACAGUGCUUUGCAUACUGUGAUCAAGAGCGAGGAGGCGGGCGUUAGUGUUCAGCAGCAACAGCAGCAGCAGCAGCAACAGCAGCAACAGGCGCAAAGCUAUGUCCUGCCGCCUUUUUUGAACUAAGAGAAAUGCUCACACAUCGACGUCAGCAGCGACGCUUCGUCCCUGCCUCUGCCUCUGUCUCUGUACUCGCAUCAGCACGCUUCAAACGGCCAUUUUGAUUUCAUUCAAUUUCAAUCAAAUCCAUGCUGCCCGAAAUUCCGUGGUAUGCGUGUGUGUGCGUGUGCGUAUGUGUGUGUGCAGCAUUUCCAAAAGUUUUCAAGCUAUAGAAAAUACCAUAAAAAUAUAGAAAAUAUGGCAGCAAUUAGCAGAAUUGCUGCCAUGGGUUCCUUGUAAUUUUAAGCAUAGUUAAGUUGACCGACAACAACAACAACAACAACAAAAUCAACAAGUCUUGCCAAAACUUAAUGCUUUUUAUUAGCCUUACUAUCAAAAUUAUAAAAUAUAUAUAUCAUACAUUGUUGGCUUUUCCCAAUCGCCAACAUGUACGGAAUGCAUUCCAAAUGUGCCUUAUUAGCAGUAACCAGAUGGAUGAGACAAAGCCUCUCGCUUUCUCCCGAUUCUGGUUCAUAAUUAUUGCCCCUAGUUGUAUGUAUAAAUGUAGUAUAUCAAAAACUGUUGUGUAGAUAGACAAUAAAGUGUUUGUAUGUUUGUAUAAUUGGCUUAUAGUAUAUAAACAAAACCAAAAAAUAUUUUAAUACAUAUGGUAUAUGAAUCUUAGUAAUCUAAUUUCGAGUUUCAGUUGCUUCAAGUUUUCAUUAGUCUAAGAUCUAGCUUGCUUCUUAAUAUGAAAUACUCUAGGAUUUGCAAUGUAUAUAUGCAUAAACAAAAUAAUACAUUUAUAUAUUAAAUAAUAAAGAAACAUAUUUUGUACCGCACAGAA